AUGUUUGCAAGACGCGCAAUUCCCUCGGCCUUCCGAGCCGCCACCCACGCAAGCGCACCUCGCUUUUCCCCAACCACACGCUUCCUCACGCCAUUCCAAGUACGACUGCUCUCGGAUGAAGUCCGCUCCGCAAUCGACAGAGCCAUUGCUUCAUCUCCAGUAGUUUUGUUCAUGAAGGGCACACCUGAGACACCCCAAUGUGGUUUCUCAAGAGCUAGCAUCCAGAUUCUGGGCAUGCAGGGCGUAGAUCCGGACAAAUUCACAGCUUUCAACGUACUAGAGGACCAGGAGCUGAGGCAAGGAAUCAAGGAAUACUCAGAGUGGCCGACGAUACCACAGCUAUAUGUCGACAAGGAGUUUAUUGGAGGCUGUGAUAUUCUUAUGACGAUGCACCAGGAUGGAUCGCUUGCCAAGAUGCUUGAGGAGAAGGGUGUGGUUGUUCCUGCCGAGGGACAAGGGCAGGCGCCCUAA